AUGACCGCUGGUCUUCCCUUUCUCAAUCUAUACAUGACUAAGGAUGCUGAUUUCAGUCAUGGUGUGAACCUUGUGGUUGCUGGCUCUACCGCCAUGUCCACGUCUUCCCUCACUGAUGACCACAUUCUUUCACCUGUUACCAACUUGAGAUACAACUUCAAUGGAUUUCUAAGCAUUGUGCCUAGAAGCUUGGAAGUGCUCUCUUUAUGGUUGGGGAGAUUGGAGGCAAUGACUAUAAUUAUGCAUUCUUUCAAGAAAGUUAUUGAUUAUGGUGCUCAAAGAGUGGUUGUCCCUGGGAAUUUCCCAAUAGGCUGUUUCCGGAUCUAUCUUACUGGAUUCCAAAACAAUGACUCAGCAGCCUAUGAUGAACAUGACUGCCUAAAAGGGUUAAAUGACUUUGCAAAGUAUCACAAUGAUCAUCUCCAAAAGCAAUUUUCCGAAUAA